CACGCGCGGGGGAACAUGGCGGCGGCGGAGCCCUCGGUGGCCGCGCUGGCUGGCGGCGGCGUGGGCGCGGGGGCGCCGUCGGGCGGCGUGCCGGUGCUCUUCUGCUUCUCGGUGUUCGCGCGGCCCGCGUCGGUGCCCCACGGCGCCGGCUACGACGUGCUCAUCCAGAAGUUCCUGAGCCUCUAUGGCGACCAGCUCGACAUGCACCGCAAAUUCGUGGUGCAGCUCUUCGCCGAGGAGUGGGGUCAGUACGUGGACCUGCCCAAGGGCUUCGCGGUGAGCGAGCGCUGCAAGCUGCGCCUGGUGCCGCUGCAGAUCCAGCUUACGACCCUGGGAAAUCUCACACCUCCAAGCACUGUGUUUUUCUGCUGUGACAUGCAGGAAAGGUUCCGGCCAGCCAUCAAGUACUUUGGAGACAUUAUUAGUGUGGGACAGAGACUGUUGCAAGGGGCUCGGAUAUUAGGAAUUCCGGUUAUCAUAACAGAACAGUACCCCAAAGGUCUUGGCAGCACAGUGCAAGAACUCGACUUAACAGGUGUGAAGCUGGUUCUUCCGAAGACCAAGUUUUCUAUGGUGUUACCUGAAGUUGAAGCGGCCUUAGCCGAGAUUCCUGGUGUCCGGAGUGUUGUACUGUUUGGAGUAGAGACACACGUAUGUAUCCAGCAAACAGCCCUGGAGCUGGUCGGCCGAGGCAUUGAGGUUCACAUUGUUGCUGAUGCCACCUCCUCAAGGAGCAUGAUGGACAGGAUGUUUGCUCUUGAGCGUCUUGCUCGUACUGGGAUCAUUGUGACCACUAGUGAAGCUGUUCUGCUACAGCUGGUGGCUGACAAAGACCAUCCGAAAUUCAAGGAAAUUCAGAACCUAAUUAAGGCGAGUGCCCCGGAGUCUGGUCUGCUCUCCAAAGUAUAGGAUGCUUGAAGGAUCAGGAUCCUCGACAGGACUGCAAGCCAGACAAGCUCUUGUCUCUACUAAAACUAAAAUGUUAAGUCAACAGCAGUUCCUCCUUUGCGGCUCUUAGUAACACUUAACUGGCUAGGCCAUAGGGUACAAUCAUUUAGUUACGAUGUCAAGGCUUCAGGUGCUGCUUAUCUUCCUUGUUUCUUAAUGGGCUUUUAUUUAUUAAGAUAAAUUACAAUGGAGGUGCCUGUUUUGUCUACACCAUACCCUUCAAAAGUGCUCCCUCUGGUGAAGUUUUCUUAAAUUGUGCACUUUACAGAAAACAAACAAAACCAUCUACCAUAAUGAUUUGACUUUUUUAUUGUUGUGAAGCAUCCUUGUGAUGUUAGUGUAGACCCAGUGUUUUCACUUCACAGGCUGACUGGUGAACGAUUGCCGAGUGAGAAUUGAUGAACAGGACUCUGGGUUGUCACCUACGUCACUCACAGUGUAGAGUUGCUGACUGAGUGAGGAGCAUUGGUUUGACCAGAGCAGAUUAUCUUAGCUAUUGUGUAUGGUCUUGAUGGUACUGCUUUGCUUAUUCCUGUUACCAUCUUUGUGGAUUUUCCUCCUCUGGCUAAUGGUCUAUGUUAACUUCUUCCACUGGAUGUUUUGCAUCCUCAUUGGUUGUUUUAAUCUUGUGAACAGAUGGGAGUGAUUUUCAGUGCUGGGUAACUGACAGAGUUACCCUAACACAAUGCCUUUACAGUCUUUUUGAGUUCGUCUUUUGGUAUACACGGGAGUUUGUGGAGAAGGAAACACAAUAUAAAAUGUAGUUUUACAUAUUCUCAUGUUCCCCUUUGUAUUUUCUCUCCCUGCCAUUCAAACAUUGUUACUGCUGAUGUCAUCAAGCAUGACUCGGUGGGAGUAGGUAAUACAAUGGUCAUUGUUAACCCAUCAAUAAGUGUAUUUUCACUUAAUACUUAUAGUGUUUAAAAAACUUUUUAGAGUGUGUUGUGAUAUGUGGAGCAUUACUCUCUUUGUAUUAAAUUAAAGAAAGUAUA